AUGAAAAUCAAAGUCUCAGAAAACGAAAUAAUGAACAAAAUUGAAUCCAUUAAUUUAAAGGAAGUAAAAGAUGCAUCAUCAUAUAUGAAUAAUUACACAAAUUUUUUAUCACUAAAAUUAAGAAAGAAUAGAGGUGGUAUAAUAUAUACAGUCGAAAGGAUAAAAAAUUUAGAGGCAAUCACAAAAAAAUUGAAUAAAGAAUUAUCAGAGAAUAAUAAAGAAUUAAAAAAAUUAGAAAAAAGUAUAACUAAUUUUAGCGGAAUAAAUGAGAGCUUAGAAAAUAAUAUAAUCACUGAAAUUAAUAGAAAUAAAGCCUAUAAAAGUCGAUUAUUUCAAUUAAAAAAAAAUAAAACAAAACUAAUAAAAGCACAAGAAAAUAUUGAUAAAGACAUUAUUUAUAUGGAAUCAAGGAUAAGUAUGAUGAGAGAAAAUGUAGAAAAAAAUAAUAAUAAAUAUAAUAAGUUAUUAAAUAAUAAGAACAAAAUGCAUGAAGAAAUGGAAAAGUUUAAGAAAGGGAGAACAAACUUGCAACUACAAUUAAAGCAUACAAGGAAAAACCAUGAAAUUUUGAAGAAUAAAAUGCAAACUUUUGUUUCAAGUAUAAAGACAUCUCGUACAAGAGAAAACAACAUAUAG